AUGGAGAUCCACGACCUAUUUCCAGAAACUAGAGAUGAAACCUCCAAAUCACCCAGCAAUCCAGAACAAGCAAACCAACCCACUCCUCCCAAAAAGCCGACAACCUCACAGAGUACAAAAUCGUUUGCACAAGUCCUCACAGGGGUUUGCGAUAUCCCUUUAUCACAGCUUCCAAAUCCAGUCAUCAAAGGGGAUAAACCCUCCAUCACCAUACCUGAAGAAGAAUAUGAAGCAGGCAUUGCAGAAUGCAAAAACAAUCUACACGGUAGAGUUUUAUGGCAAAAGGGAUCAACACCACUCACGGUAGCUGCGCUAAAAGAAAAGUUGGCAAUUUCUUGGUCUGAGGUCAGGAACUGGGGAAUGCUGUCUUUAGGUAAGGGAUACUAUGAAUUUAACUUCGCAAGCCCAGAUGAUAUGAGAAGAGUAAGAGCUUUUGGUACUAUCAACCUAAACCCAGGAUCUUUGAAACUUUUUGCGUGGACAAAGGACUUCAAUCCUGCUCUCCAAAGUAACACUUCGGCGCAGGUAUGGAUUCGUCUGUUUGGGCUGUCUCAGGAAUAUUGGAGACCUAGAAUUGUGUUUGCGAUUGCCAGUUGUGUGGGAACGCCGAUUUGCAUAGAUGCUGCAUCUUCCAAGUCAAGAAUUGAUCGUACCUUCGGUCAAUAUGUGAGAGUCCUAGUGGACAUGGACCUAACUAAGGAUCUGAAUCAUAACGUCCUGGUUGAAAGAAAAGGUUUCGCGUUCUUUGCAGACAUAGAGUACGAAAACAUCCCUUCUUUCUGCGAGCACUGCAAGAAGCUUGGACAUCUUAGACAGGACUGUAAAGCCAUGAUGAAACACAUGAACACCUCUGCCCAGCGAACAAAACCCAUCUACGUCCAGAAAAAUAACACAAGAAAUAUUGACACUGUGGAGGCGCCUACCACUGUUUUGGAAGAAGUGAUUCAACCUAUAUCGGAAAUCAAUGCUAAUGCUGACCCUAUCAUCAUUCCCAACCCCUUGAAUUUCAUUUCUCAACCAGAAUCUGAAUCGCCUGUCACUGAGUUUGUAGAUGCUUCUCAAGUGUUGGAGACUCAAGUUGAUCUUCACAACUCCUGGGCGGAUCUUGCAGACUUGGAGGAAGUUCCAGGGGAUACGGAGGGGGCUUUUACUAAUGCAGUAUCAAUAAUAAAGAAGAAACAAGCAGCUCGAAACAAGGCGAAGGGUGCCUCUAGGUCUCAAGCAGGACCUGCUCGAUCUGUCCCAUGA